AUGGCGCCUUCAAAGUGGGAUGACGAGGAAGAAAGCUCUCCUUCCUCACCUCCUCCAAUUGCCCCGCGACGCAAGUUCGACGACGAAGAGGAGGAGGAAGUAAGUCUUUCCCUUGCACCCUCGCUGUAUCGCAGACAUCCUAUCUCCCUGCGAGAGCAUCAUACUAAUGCCGAGAGGGAAAAGGCCGCCCAGGCAGCUGCCGCCAAGGCAAAGGCUGAGGCCGAGGCUGCCGCAAAGAAGAAGAGCCGGACUCAGCGGAUAGAGGAGCACAAGCAAGAUCGGAGGCGGCGCGCGCAGGAAGCGGGGGAGGAGAGCAGCGAAGAGGAGGACGAGUACGAGCGGAAGGCACGGUUACGUCGGACGGAGAAGGAGGCGGACCUCAAGCACGCCGAAGAUCUCUUUGGGGACCUUGAUCUGAACCGGAAUCGGGGGGCAGCCAAGGCCGUCGUGGUCGGGGACGCCUCGGAUCCAACCAAGGCGAUUGAUCUCUCGGCGAUGCCGCUGUUCAAGCCCACUAACAAGGAGCAGUUCACGACGCUGACCAACACGUUGAUCCCGCUGCUGACGGCCAACUCGAAGAAGCCGCAGUACUCGCUCUGGGUACCCGAAUUUUGCAAACAGCUGGUCAAGGACCUGAACAGCGCUGAGGUCAAGAAGGUGGCGAGCGUUCUGACGACGCUCAGCAACGAGAAGAUGCGCGAGGAGCGUGCGGCGGACAAGGGCACCAAGAAGACCAAGGCGGCCAAGACGAAGGCAUCUCUGCAACGAGAUAGCACCAAGCUCGAAGCGGCCGCAUACGACGAGGAUGACUUUGACGAUGAUGAUUUCAUGUAG